CCUCUGGGCUGAAAUGGGGAACACAUUGGGCCUGGCACCCAUAGGGCCUUUGCCCCGCCGUAGCCCCCGCCGAGAGGAACCUCUGCCAAAUCCUGGGAGCUUCGAUGAGCUGCACCGCCUCUGCAAAGACGUAUUUCCAGCACAGAUGGAGGGAGUGAAGCUCAUUGUCAACAAGGUUCUAAGCAGCCAUUUCCAGGUGGCUCACACUGUGCAUAUGAGCGCUCUGGGAUUGCCAGGCUAUCACCUCCAUGCAGCCUAUGCGGGGGACUGUCAGCUUAGCCCCACGGAGGUGUUCCCCACUGUGGUAGGGGAUAUGGACAGCAGUGGCAGCCUCAACGCCCAGGUCCUGCUCCUCUUGGCAGAGCGGCUCCGAACCAAGGCUGUCUUCCAGACGCAGCAGGCCAAGUUCCUGACUUGGCAGUUUGAUGGCGAGUAUCGGGGGGACGACUACACAGCCACUCUGACCCUAGGGAAUCCUGACCUGAUUGGAGAAUCGGUGAUCAUGGUGGCUCACUUCCUGCAGAGCCUCACCCAUCGGCUGGUGCUGGGCGGGGAGCUAGUUUACCACCGGCGGCCAGGCGAAGAGGGGGCCAUCUUGACACUGGCCGGGAAGUAUUCGGCUGUACACUGGGAAGCUACAUUGAAUGUGGGGUCAGGUGGGGCCCAUGCAAGUUAUUACCACAGAGCAAAUGAACAGGUUCAGGUUGGAGUGGAAUUUGAGGCAAACACAAGGCUACAGGACACGACCUUCUCCUUUGGUUACCACCUUACUCUGCCCCAGGCCAACAUGGUGUUUAGAGGCUUGGUGGAUAGUAACUGGUGCGUGGGUGCUGUGCUGGAGAAGAAAAUGCCCCCCUUGCCCGUCACCCUAGCCCUUGGAGCCUUCCUCAAUCACUGGCGCAACAGAUUCCAUUGUGGCUUCAGCAUCACUGUGGGCUGAGGUUGUUCCCGAGCCCCCACAGCAGCUGGAACCUCUGAGUCAGGUGCCCUAGGGCCAGAGACUAGGCCCCUUUCCAGAGCCCACCUUCCUGGGUGACCUCUAGAUCCCAGGAGCAGAGUGGGGACAGGACCAUUCCCUUCUCAGAACUGGAGCUGUCACAGGGGCAGCUGAUGAGGCAGUGAUUUGAGGCUCCCACCUCUACCACCAGCCCCACUAUCAUCUAUCUCAUGCUCUUAGGGCUUUGGACUAAGAGGGAAAGAUUAAGGGUAUGUCUGGCUGAUUUUCCCCCUUUACUUCCUUUCUCUUUGGAUUAAAACUCCUAGCCUCUUCCACUUUGGAGCAGAAAAUUAUGCAUGGGAUUAGCUUCCCAUCCUGUUUUCUAGCCUAGAGCUUCCCAAAGCUGGGAAAGAAGGGCUGAAGGGCUAAAUCUAUGGCCUCAGAAAGCAGGGCCUCUCCACUUCCAGAAGGAGCUUUACCUCGAAGCCCUGAGGCUACCUCCUUCCUCAUUUUCUGUGCUUUCAGAGAACGACUUUGUCCCCAUGGUCACUCCCCACUCCCCUGUGACAGCAUGAAAAGGCAGUUAUUGCUUUAGUCUUUCAUUGCAACCACUUGCAAGUAUUUUCCCCUUCCCAAUCCAG